AUGGAUCGGCUCGACGAACUGUUGGUGCCUGAUCCGAAUUUUCUUUCCGGAAGGCCGACGUCAGCUCUGGAGGCGCGGCUGAAGACAAGCGAUGACGCACUCGUUCCGCGUCGUCCGCCGGCGGGGGAGGUGAGAACAGCGGUGCCAGCGGCGCAGAUGCGACCUGCUGCUCCAGCGGAGGAGAGGAGACACACACAGACAGUGGAAAAGGAGGUUUUGGACAAGUGGCGCGCCGAUCGGAAGAGAGAACUGGUUGCGUUUCUGAGGAAGGCGAAUCGAGAGUUGAAAGCGGGGCCCGAAGUCAGCAAAGCCCUCGCCGAAUUUGCGGCUUUGAAGGAGAAUGCAACCAAGGUUCGGCCUCCAGAUGACAUUUUUCAAGCCCUCCUGUGGGAGCGUCUUGAAGGGAAGGAUCGAGGCGACAAGAGGACACCGCCAUCCGGCGCGCCUUCGCAGGGACCGCGACUCCACGCAGAGACCCCGGAGGGAGGCGUGAGCGCACAGCCCUCUUCCCCCGCAGCUCCUCUUUCGGCGAGUGAGCAGCUGUCGCUCCAGCUGCGCGAGCGCGGCGCCCAACUCGCCCGCAUGCGCGAGCGCGAACAGGAGAUUCGGAGACAGGAGGAACAGGAGCGUCUCUUGCGGGAGAAGGCGCGGAGACAAGACAAGGGCGUAAGAGCUGCCAGCAGGAGGCCAGGGGCAGAGAGCCGUGGCGGGGACCUUCGGGCAGUCGCGUCUCCCCUGCGCAAACUCUGCAGGACGAAAAAACCCACUGCAGAAGGCAGCCGGGCAGGCCCCGCCACGAUGAGCUUCGAGGAGACCCGACGGAAAGCGGAGAGGCACGGCGUCGUAGUCAGGCACGGGCCUCUGUCUAGCGCGGCGCGCGGCAGGGCGGGGGGUGGGGAGCCCACGGGGGCCUCCUGGCUCGCCGGCCGCGGAGGAGAGGAGGACUCGACGAAAAAUGAGUCCGUGGCGACAGGCGUCAACGGAAUCAGCAAGCCGGUGAAGCGCUGGGUAAACGGGAAGGUCAUUGUCGAGAAGUGGAGGGGCAUCUCGUCUCUGGUGUACAUACCGAAGAAAAACACGCCGCAGUCCCCGUCCAGCACGGACGCGCCUGUCUCUGGCGCCGAUGCCUCGCCGCUCCGCGCCGCGGGCUCCCCAGUGGCAGCUGCCCCCGAGGUCGCUCACCAGAUUCGGCAAGAAACGACUGAUGCCUUGACUGCGGACAGAGGCAGGGAAACAUCUGCUGACUCAUCCCGUGUCUCGUCGCUUUCCUCGCUCUCGCCUUCUCCGCCCCGCCAAGUUUCACUGAACAGCGCGACAAACUGGAGUGCUGAAGCGGCCGCUGCAGACCGCGCAGCCGCUUGCGCGGCGGAGCGACAGCCCCUCACCCGCGGCGGCGCGCUCAGCGCAAGGACUUCCCCAUCUCAAAGCUCGCCUCCCUCUGCUGCACACCAGGGUAUUAGCCCGGGGCACGUGCGGGGACCGCAGCUCUCUCGAUCCCCCCUGCCUGAAUCUGGGCCUGCAGCCUCGUCGCGGGAAACGCCACCCGCCACGCCGGCCGACCCCGGUCGCCGCCGGGCCGCCCUCAGCAGCGCUUCGCCUUGCGCGUCUCCUUCUGCGUCGAGUGCCCGCCAGAGCGCCAGCGCCACAGCGCCAGGGUCGCACGCCCGCGCGUCCGCCCCUACCUCGCAGAGGGGCUCUGCCGGCUCUUCGGAGGGAAGGAGUGCACACAGCGCCGGGCAAGAGAAAAAUCUGCAGCGGCGACACGGGUCCGCUUCGUCUCCGUGCCCACAGGCUGCCGCCGCGCGCGCCCGUCGCUUCCCGCCUGCUGCGUCUCUGGCGUCUUCGGCGACCUCUGCCGCGGCACCUGUCGCGUCUGCUCGGCCGUCGAAAGCCUUUUGGGCUCCUUCGCUGUCUCCUUCGGGCGCAGCGGGGGCAGCGGGGUGUCCCGCGAGGCGGCGGCCGCAGUUUGUCGUGCCCGACCUGCAGGGGAGGGCGCAGGCCUGUCAGCCGCCGAAGAAGUACAUCUGCGGCGUUCCGCAGCCGGACCGACGCGUCUACAACCGGCCUCUGGGGGGCGCGGCAGCAGGGGGCGUUCGCAGUUUCAUCCCUGCGGUCGCGGCGUGCGCGGUCUCUCCAGUCAAGCCCAGCGACCCGGCGGAGCGGCACCGAGCUCUGCGCGCCCAGCGCACCAGCGUCCUUCCCCGUGGCAGCGUGGCUGCGCCAUUCCGCUGCGCGGCGACCGCGACGAGUCGAGGCCAGGCAGGCCGAAGACCGGCAGCGCGCCGCGCGUCGGGACGCGAAGCGGACGAUGGAGUGGAAGUUGAGGAAGCAGAGAGCCAGUUCGAUAGCGGCGGAGAGUGUGAGGAGCCCAUUCGAAUCAGAAGGUCUGGGUCAGCGGCGGGGCGGAGGCCGAGCCUGCCGCUGUGGCGGCGGCGGGGGAUCUCCGUAGACCUCGAGGAGGAGGAGGACGACAUGACAGACUUCAUCGUGGACGACGAAGUCGCCGAGGCAGAAGAGCAAGGCGGAGGCUGGCGUGCGGAAAUGAGGCGAGUGACCGGUUACGAUCCGGGGAACUACGCUGGGCAUCUCGAAGGCGAGUGCGACGAGAGCGGAUUCCACCAGCAGCUGCGUGAAGAGCACUACAGCAGCCGCAUUGCCACCCAGGAAGAUGCGGAAGAGUAUCAGAAGCUCCUCGAAGAAGAAAGGGAAGAACGACGACUCAGGAAGCUGAGCAGGAGACAGGAACGCCGGUAA